AGAACAAACAGUUCAUCAAGACAGAAUUCCCUUCAUCUUCCCAUAAACGGAAUCUAUAAAAGCAUGCCAAUUGACCAAGAGAAGCUCGCCAAGUUGCAAAAGCAAGGUAACACCAAGAUCGGUGGUAUCAGAAGAAAGGCCAAGAAGUCUGGUGCUAAACCAACUGCUGAUGACUCCAAAUUGCAAGCCACUCUUCAAAAGUUGAACGUUCAAACCUUGGACGGUGUCCAAGAGGCCAACUUCUUCAGAGAGGAUGGUAAGGUUUUGCACUUCAACAGAGUUGGUAUCCAAGCAUCUGCUGCCAACAACACCUACGGUUUCUACGGUAUUCCACAAGAGAAGGAGAUCCAAGAGUUGUUGCCAAACAUCAUUCCACAAUUGGGUGCUGAGAACUUGGACUUCUUGACCAAGUUGGCUCAACAGAUGAGACAGAACCCAGGUGCCGCUGCUGCUGCUGCUGCUGAGGCUGCUGGUGCCGACGAUGAGGAUAUCCCAGACUUGGUUGAAGGUGAGAACUUUGAAGCUGAGGUUGAAUAAAUGCAUUUGGAAAAGAAAA